GACGCAGCGGAGUUUGGAAUAAAGGAAAGUGUUGAGUCUGAGGUACAGGUUCGCUUUUCUUUAGCAUCGUAAUAUGCAAAAAGAGGACUGAACUAGGUGACUUCAAUGAGCCGAGGUCAGUUAGUAAGUCGGUAAAUUUACUGAAUGUGUUCGACGUACCCAGUUCGGUUAUAGGCACUUCGGGAGCUACAAAAAAGUGUAAAGCGGCCUUUUUCUGGAGGAUAUCUCAGUCUCGUUGGGGAGACAAGGUCAACCUGGGGAGACUCGGAUUCACAGAAUGACUCAUCCUGAGUAUUGUGGCUUACAGAAGAGAUGAAAUGUGGUCUGAGGGACGAUAUGACUAUGAAAGACCUCCAAGAGAAAGAGUACCUCCUCGAAGUCACCCCAGUGAUGGCUACCAUAGAGUAGUUAAUAUUGUGCCAAAGAAACCACCACUGCUAGACAGACCUGGUGAAGGAAGCUACAGUAGAUAUUACAGUCAUGUUGAUUACCGAGAAUAUGACGAGGGCCGCAGUUUUUCUCAUGAUCGAAGAAGUGGUCCACCUCACAGAGGAGAUGAAUCUGGCUAUAGGUGGACAAGAGAUGAUCAUUCUGCAAGCCGACAGCCUGAAUACAGGGACAUGAGAGACGGCUUUAGAAGAAAAAGUUUCUACUCUUCCCAUUAUGUGAGAGACCGGUCUCCUCAUAAAAGAGACCCUCCUUUUUUCAGAGAAUCACCUGCAGGCCGAAAGGAUUCUCCACACAGCAGAUCUGGCUCCAGUGUCAGCAGUAGAAGUUACUCCCCAGAAAGAAGCAAAACUUACUCUUUCCAUCAGUCUCAACAUAGAAAGUCCGUGCGUGCUGGUGCCUCCUACAAACGGCAGAAUGAAGGAAAGCCAGAAAGAGGUAAAGAAAGACCUGUUCAGUCUUUGAAAACAUCAAGAGACACUUCACCCUCAAGUUCUUCAGCAGUUCCUUCAUCAAAGGUGUUAGACAAACCCAGUAGGCUAACGGAAAAGGAACUUGCUGAGGCUGCAAGCAAGUGGGCCGCUGAAAAGCUAGAGAAGGCAGAUGAAAGUAACUUACCUGAAAUUUCUGAGUAUGAGGCGGGAUCCACGGCACCAUUGUUCAUUGACCAGCCAGAAGAACCUGAGCCAAAUGCAACAGAUGGCAUAGAAUUAUUCGAAGACAGUCAGCUAACCAGUCGCUCUAAAGCAAUAGCUUCAAAAACCAAAGAGAUUGAACAGGUUUACCGACAAGACUGUGAAACUUUUGGGAUGGUUGUGAAAAUGCUGAUUGAAAAAGAUCCUUCAUUAGAAAAGUCUAUACAGUUUGCAUUGAGACAGAAUUUACAUGAAAUAGGUGAGCGGUGUGUUGAAGAACUCAAGCAUUUUAUUGCAGAGUAUGAUACCUCUAGUCAAGAUUUCGGAGAGCCUUUUUAGAUUACUUGCUCAGGCAAAAAAAAAAAAAGUUUCUAGAUUUUUUUCCCCCUGGAUUGUGUAAAUCCUUAAUAUAUGGAAUUUUUGUGAUGAAGAGAAAUACUUUAUGAUAGUGACCAUAUUUCCAGUAUCAAAUGAACAUCUAAAAUAGUCUAAGAUAUUUUAAUUCGAAUUUUUUUAAUCUGCAUGUAGAGCUUCCUAAUCCAUACUUACCUUUUUUUCCCUCCUAAAAUGAUGGUCAGUUAAUUUUUUAAGCUUUCUUGAAAAUGCAGUCCUGGAGAGCAGCUUUCUGUACUUACUCAUGUCCUGUAGUCUUCCUUAGUAUGCGAUCAUUUGUUCGGUCACACUAAUGUACUGUAUAGGUUAGAGAUCAUUCCACUUAAACAUUUAUAGUCUUUUUGCAUUUCAUAGUCAGUGAUACCAUGUGAAGAUGUUAGAAUCCUGAGGUGAUUUUUAUUGACUUGUUGCUUGCUUAUCUUAGGCUUUGUAACUUUUAAUAUGUUUAAGUAUAUUACCCAAAUAAAUUGAAUACUUUGUUAUCUUAGAGAAUAUUUGCUUUGAGGAUAACUCUCAUUGUGAUAAAACAGAGCACUUAAAUCUCUAAAAUAAUAAAAUCCUGUUUUCCAAGUAAAUGAACUGUCUUCUAUUAAAAUGGUCCUGAAACUCCUGA